UUGUUGGAGAAGAAGAAGAAGCGAGAUGCAGGAGAAAAGGGCUUUGAGUAGCUCAGUCAUGGAAGGCAUAACGAACAGACUCUCCUCUCUGGAGGAUCUCUAUUUCCCCCGCGCUGUCCAGGCAACUGCCGUCAAUCCCUCCCAGCGAAAAUCCAUUCUCCUCGACCUCCUCUCCAGAGACGCCGCUGUCUUCUUAGAACGGUACGGCCCACAUCUGACCAGCGAAGAGCUUCAUGAGUUCGACACCUUGAACAACGAUUACGAAGUCAAUUGGCAUCUGAAGCACCUCCGGAGCGUACUCAGUCCGACUUCAGAAGAGGUGCGUUCUCGAUCCGUUACCGUCAAGAACCGUCGUCGCGCUUACCUGGAUAAGCUUAUUCGUGAUGGGAAUUACUUCUCCGAAGACGCCAUGAGAGAGCGGGAGCCCUAUUUGCAUCACGAGUAUGUUGGCAAGUUUCAGGAUCCUAGUGGGAGAAGAAUGGCACGACCCGGGGAACGGUGGUCGGAGACGCUGUUGCGACGGUCGGAGGAAGCUAUUUUGGUUGCGAAAAUUAGGGGAGAGCAACAGAGGUUAGGUGUUGUUGAGAAGGAUUGGGUCGGUAAUGAAAGAGAAUUGGAAGAAGAAGAAGAAGAAGAAGAAGAAGAAGAAGAAGAAGAAGAAGAAGAAGAGGAGGAGGAGGAGGAGGAGGAGGAGGAGGAAGAGGAUGAAGAAAGCGACGAUUAUGAAGAAGCCGAGAAAUUAGAGGUGGUUGCAGAUCAAGCGACAGAAAAUGGUUCUCAGAAGAUUAACAGUAAUGUCCAUGAGGGAUCAACUCUAUCUUCUGCCGAGAUGCAAGAUAGGAUGGAACAAUUCACUUAUAUGAUGCAGCAGAAAUUUUUGUCAGGAGAAGAUUCUCAGCAUUUAGACUAUUCUAAAAUAGAUAAUGAUGAGACGUUGGAUGAUCACUGGCUAAGGGAGGCCAACCAUGAUGCUGAAGAAAAGUACUUCGCUGAAGAUUGAGAGUUGCAGCUUGAAAUCCCAGAUCUCUAGUUGAAAGCUGCCAACUUUGCCUGGAUUUMUAAUGCUUUUAUGUAACGCUUGCUAACACUUUCAUUAAAUCAGCAAUAGAAGAUUUACAAGAGGAAGACAAACA